AUGUCUUCUGAAAGAACUUUCAUUGCUAUCAAGCCCGACGGUGUCCAGCGUGGACUCAUUGGCCCAAUCAUCAGCCGAUUCGAGACCCGCGGAUACAAACUCGUUGCCAUCAAGCUUGUCUCUCCAUCCAAGGAACAUUUGGAACAGCACUAUGCUGAUCUCGCCGGAAAGCCAUUCUUCAAGGGCCUCGUCACCUAUAUGUUGAGUGGACCUAUUUGCGCUAUGGUUUGGGAAGGACGUGAUGUCGUGAAAACUGGCCGAACAAUCCUUGGUGCUACCAACCCUCUCGCCUCGGCUCCAGGCACCAUCCGUGGUGACUAUGCAAUUGACGUCGGUCGCAACGUCUGCCACGGAUCCGAUAGCGUCGAGAACGCCAAGAAGGAGAUUGCUUUGUGGUUCGGCGAGGGGGAUCUUGUCGAUUACAAGCAGAGCCAAUUCGAUUGGAUCUAUGAGGCAUAA